ACUCUGAAAGAAACUGAACCCCAAGUUUUAUGAGCACAGUAAAGAAAGAGGCAGAGUAGAUUGGAAAUAAGCUUUUCAGCUCAUGGGGCAUUCUGAAUGGGAUCACAAACGAGGACCCAGAGGCUCACAGUCUUCUGGUACCAGUAUCACGGUGGAUAUUGCUGUCAUGGGAGAAGCACAUGGGCUUAUUACAGACCUGCUAGCAGAUCCUUCACUGCCCCCCAAUGUGUGUACUUCGCUGAGAACAGUGAGCAACCUGCUUAAUACACAGUUAACCUUCCAGGCCAUCCACAAGCCACGGGUGAACCCUUUGGUAUCCUUCAGUGAGAACUACACCUGCUCUGACUCAGAGGAAUGUCCGGAGAAAGGAGAGAAGCUAGCUAUUCCCAAGCGCUUACGGAGAAGUUUGCCUCCAGGACUGCUGCGACGAGUGUCCUCAACUUGGACAACAACAACAUCAGCCACAGGAUUACCUACACUGGAGCCAGCUCCAGUGAGAAGGGAUCGCAGUGGCAGCAUCAAACCUCAUGAAUCGUCUUCAUCCAGUACUGACUCCUGGAACAGCUCAAUUCUGAUGACAAUCACGAAGAGCAGGUCCUUCUCCACCUCAUACCCCAUGUCUUCUACCAACCACCUGAAUGCCAAAAGGCAGAGCAGGCAAGGUAUCCCACCAAAUAUUUCACCUCUCACCUCCCCAUGCCAUUCACCAAUUCAGGGAACACCUGCCACAAGUCCUACCGGAAAAACAUCUUCCGUGUCAUUUCCAGACUCUACAGAUGUUGAUAGCAAGCAAGGCUUAAAGCCACACAAAGUCUUAACUUCUACUCAGAGUGCACCUGUGCUGUCAGACCCUAUUAUCGGCCCCUCUGUCAUCUGCAGCAGCUGUGGCAGACCCUAUAACCAAAUAGAAGCUGGUGAUGGAACACCAGAUAGAAGUGAUGGUACCACACACACCCUGAACAGAACAGAUGAUCCUGCACAAGCCACUUCUGACUAUGAGACCAACAACAGUGAUAGCAGCGAUAUCGUACAAAAUGACGAUGAGACAGAUUGCUCCAAAGAGCAGACACGGAAGGGAUCCGUCUGCAGGACGUACACACCAGAGACCAUCAUUCUGCAUCCCUUAAUACCACCUGAGGACAAGCCUGUACUUGCUCCUGAGCCUCUGGUUAUGGACAACUUGGAUCCCCUGAUGGAGCAGCUAAAUAGUUGGAACUUCCCCAUCUUUGAUUUAGUGGAAAAAAUUGGAAAGAAAUGUGGUCGGAUUCUCAGUCAGGUAUCAUACAGGCUUUUUGAAGACAUGGGGCUGUUUGAAACCUUUAAAAUACCAGUGAGGGAAUUUAUGAACUACUUUCAUGCUUUGGAAUGUGGAUACCGAGAGAUACCAUAUCACAACCGAAUCCAUGCAACUGAUGUUCUACAUGCCGUUUGGUACCUUACUACUCAGCCCAUCCCAGGACUCCCAACUGUGAUUAAUGAUCACGGGUCAGCAAGCGAUUCAGAUUCUGACAGUGGAAUCACUCAUGGCCAUAUGGGUUAUGUGUUUUCGAAGACAUACACACCUACAGAUGACAGCUAUGGAUGCCUAGCUGGCAAUAUUCCUGCCCUUGAAUUGAUGGCUCUUUAUGUAGCUGCAGCCAUGCAUGAUUAUGAUCAUCCAGGAAGGACCAAUGCCUUUUUGGUAGCAACAAGUGCUCCUCAGGCAGUGCUGUACAACGACCGCUCCGUCCUGGAGAACCACCACGCCGCUGCUGCCUGGAACCUUUUUAUGUCAAGGCCAGAGUACAACUUCCUGGUCAACCUCGACCAUGUGGAGUUCAAGCAUUUCCGCUUCCUCGUCAUUGAGGCAAUUUUGGCUACUGACCUGAAGAAACACUUUGAUUUUGUUGCCAAAUUCAAUGCCAAGGUGAAUGAUGAUGUUGGAAUUGACUGGACUAAUGAGAACGACCGCUUACUGGUUUGCCAAAUGUGCAUCAAACUGGCUGACAUAAAUGGGCCUGCAAAGUGCAAAGACUUGCACCUGCAGUGGACAGAAGGCAUUGUUAAUGAGUUUUAUGAACAGGGUGAUGAAGAAGCUAGCCUGGGCUUGCCAAUCAGUCCUUUCAUGGAUCGCUCUGCUCCUCAGCUGGCACACCUCCAGGAAUCUUUCAUCACUCACAUUGUGGGACCACUAUGUAACUCCUAUGACUCAGCAGGGCUGAUGCCAGGGAAAUGGAUAGAAGAUAGUGAUGAAUCAGGAGACACUGAUGAGAAUGAAGAGGAAGAAACAGCAGAAAUGGAAACUUGUGAAAAUACUGAAUCCAGAAAGAAGAAGUUCAAGAGGAGGAAAAUCUACUGUCAGAUCACUCAGCACCUGCUUCAGAACCAUAAAAUGUGGAAGAAAGUAAUUGAGGAUGAGGAGAGGUUAGCUGGGACAGAGAAGCAAGGCACGGAGCAAUCCGUGCUGCACCAAUCCUCAGAACAAAUCCAGGCCAUCAGGGAAGAGGAGGAGGAUAAAGGGAAGCCCAAGAGGGAUGAAGAGGAGAACACAACUGUAGAACCAAACCAAUGACAAUAUUUACAGCAGUAUUUUAAGACAGAUUGACUCGUGCACAGACUCUUUCUCAAGCCAGCACAGCAUUUAGACACUACACUGUAGAAGUAUGGGAUAAUGCGCCUACAGCUGUUUUAUUUGUUUCUCUUUCCUUUUUAUGAUGAGGUACAUUGUUUAAACUCAUAUGCUCAAGGAAGCUUUCACACUGCGACACCGGCUUUUACAGACUUUCUUUAAAGAGAUUUGGGGGUGGGUGGAAUUAUAUAAAUAUAUAUAUAUAUAGCCAGGGUUAUUGGUUGCGCACUUCAGCAAAAUGCAUUUAAUGAUAUAUUAUGGUCACUGUGAUAUUUACAGAAGAAAGUUAUCUAAGGAAAUGCUGCUUCUAAAGCACAUUUGCAGUUAACAGUAAGGUACCAGUUAAGUAGCUUUUGCUCUUAAUGCUGAGGGAUAAAAGUUCCAAAGCUUUAUAUGAAUGCUGAUGUAUCCUGCCAACAUAUAUGUGUGUGCGAGGUGGUGUUUGCAAGUGUGAGUGGAAGUAAUGUAACGUAGCAUAGUUUGGGUUCUUACUACACUAGCUGUAGCACAUGUCCCGAUACACAACAACAAACAGAAAGCCUGAAUUUUUAGAGAAUUAGUGCCCACAAGGGAACUGGAGACAAUUUUGAGGAGCUUUACACUCCCCAUAGCCCUUCAAGUCCCGGUUUGCACUCCGUCUGUGGGCAGCAGCCUUUCAGCAAGGGCCACGGUAGCCUGGGCUGCAGCCUGGCCCCAUCCGACAGGCUCCUCUUCCUCUUCCUCCUCCUCCUCUGCACUUCCCAGACUGCUAGCAAAAGGGAUGUACCGGGGGGUUACAAGGAACUGUGUGGCACGCUGGUCUGUCCCCCUUGAGAGGACCUGGCCUUCUGUAUUCUUCUGAGUGCGUGAAUGGCUGCGUGGGGCAGCAUGUGUGUUUGGGCAGGAGAGAACAGAGAGCAAAUGUGCGUAUGUACUCGGAAACUAGAGGCAUGCUGUCAUCUCCCUACCCUAACCUUAUGCGUCCGUGCAUCAGUGGCCAAAUAUAUCAUUUAAGAAAAAAGUUACACUACAUCUCUUGAGGGGAGUGUGAGGGCCAUGCCCUUCCUCAGAAUAAAAGGCAAACGAUGCAUUAGGAGCAGCAUGGGGGACAGGUGCCCGUUGUGCAUCAGAUGGACACUAGUAUGUCUCAGCAGCCACUCACAUGAGCUUCAGAGAACUUGGUUUUUCAAUGUGAGGUGCUGGAUGGGAGCAGUUUGUUGCUGGCAUUCUGCUUAGAAGCAGCUUGUUUAAUCCCACCAAUAUACUUUUUUUUUUUUUUACUUUUUUUUAAAGAGAAAGGAAAAGAUCAGGCCUGUAAGAAGAUCAGAUCUUUUUUGUGUGUGUUAUUUGUUUUCUCUGUUGUUUAUGCUGUGAGCCAAAUGUCUAUUUAAAAGGUUGGAUAUUCACUUUCAAUAUUUUAUUUCACGAUAUUAUAUUUGUCAAUGAUUAGCUAUCUAGAUGUAAAUAUGGAAAAAUUUUUAUGGGUUCCUGUAGAUAAUGAUAUCUUUAAGAAAAAAAAAGAGAAAACGUAAAAGAAAAAACAGGGGAAAGUUUUUUGUAAAGCUAAUUUUUUAAAAAAUAAAUACAAAAACAUUUUUAUACAGUGUAGCCAUUUCCAAACCCAACAAAUAAAGUCUUGAGUAAUUUGUAUAGACCUUUCUGAGAAGCCAGUGGUCUACAGGAUCAUGGCUUUAAAAUAUGAAUGCUCUUUGGAACUGGCAGGACCAACCAGUACCACACAAUUUAGAGUUUUGUUCCCACAAAAUAAAUUAUAUAUAUAUAUAAAAUUCAAUAUCUCUCAAAAAUCAUUUGACUACGUAUGCUUUUUAUAUUUUGAUCCUGCAUCCCCUCGCCAAGAAGAAGAUUGCUUGUGUAAGUAAGAAUGCUUGUGAAAGGAAUCGUUUGUAGGAGAAGUCCUUUCUAUGUUAAAUUUUUAACAUUAAAUCCAUCACUUCUUGCUAUUGUUACGCAUUCAAUGUAUUUCAUGAUCCUAUUGAUACUUCCCCAAUAAUGUUGGAAAACAUUUUCUAUCAAGGUCAAUCAGCAUGUGUGUUCUCACUUCAGAGGUACUUUGUGUGUUGCAUUUCUGUUAGUGAGCUUUUGUUGGAAAACAGGAUUUUGGUUUCUUAAAGGUUGCAUUUGCCUGAUAUUGUCCCAUCCUACUCUUACCCAGUAGAGAAGGCAUUUGCCUUUUGACCGAUUGAGUGCUCAUUGACAACCUCUGAAUGCUGUCAUCAGCAGAAAUAUUUAGUAGGUGUUUUUCAAUGAGAUCAGAAAGGCAAGGAUCCAGAUUGCACUGUUGUUUUAAAGGGAAAGGAUAUAGCAGAAUUCGUUCAAAAGAAAAAAAAUGUCUACAGUAUCUCAGCAACUCUCCACCAAUUCCAGCUUGCACUGUUUUCACACACUCCUUAUGAAUCUAAUUUUCAGUCUUUGCUGUGCAUUUCUGACAGGCAAUGGUCAAGAAAUUUCCCAGGUUGGGUUAAGUGUAACACAUACACACACACAAAAUCAGAGAGAUUCUAUAUGAAAGAUGCAAGUAUCAUAUUUUUGCUUUGGGUUUUUCAGUAGGUAAUGAAGCAUGUCAUUUUUUAGGGUUUUUUGUAAUAGUUUCUAGUCCAACGGAGGCAAAACUUUCACCCUGCAGUUGCAGCAACCUUUUGGAGUCUAGAGUUUGAUGGUUUUCUGCUUUGUGCAGUCUUUUGGUGUUGCAAUCAUCAAGUAAACCACAACCUGUGUGAUAUUUUGGGGGGAAGGGAAAAAUAAUUGUCUUCAUCAGGAGAGUACUCAGAUUUCAGGUGAGAUAUUUACAGUGUUGAUACAGGUUUGUGGUGUAUACAGUAUGCAAAGAGCUUUGUUAGAUACUAGAGAAAGCAAGCGCCAUUUAAAUUGUUUGGUGCAGUAAUAAAAAAUGUAGUCUUUUAAUUUUCAGUUCUUUAAAAGUAGGCAGAGAAAGAUUGGAUUUUGUUUUAUCCCCUGUAAUGUCACGUGGUGACUGAUCCUGUUCCCUUCUAGUAUAGGAGACGUUUGCUAUUCCCUGAAAUAGAGGACUUCUUGCUUGCGCAGUGAGAAAAGCACUCCAGAGUUAUUACCUUUUCUUUUAGAAGGAGUCUGAGACUUUAGUUUUCAAGAACGCAGAAGGGGCUGUGUCUAGAAGUAGUAAUUUCCAUGUCCAAAGAGGCAUAGUUUACACUGACUUUUGAGGGAACCUGGUGUUUCUUGUUUUGUUUUGAGCUAGCCUACAGAGCAUGUUGACACUCCUCUGAAAUAAUCUGCCUCCUCCAGUAGAAAGAUGUUCCAAGCCACGCAGCAGAAGUGAAUUGUAAGAAUCUACUAGGAAAAAGGGGUUCUACUGUGGUCUUGGCAGCAUUUUGAACUCCCAUUCCUGGAGAGUGAAAUCCUUUACAGAAAGCUGGAGAAGUGACUGUGUGUCACCAAUGGCCUCUCAUGUGAACAUGUGCAGGGUGCUGGUUCUGGUCACAUUCUGGGGCAGAUGUAAUUUGAGAAUGUAUUUGUUAAGAGUGCAGUGAUAAUUGUUCAUCAGUUUUUACCCUGCCAUCAUCUGUGAAUGUGUCUCUGCAUCAUCCUGAAGUUAAAAUCCAAGGUUGUGAUUGCUCAGGACCUUUUAAGUGGAUGCAUUUGGGAAUUUUAUCAUACCACUGUUAAAAGAUCUUAAGAUCCUGAUAGUCUGAGUUUGGAAGUUAAGUCUAUAAAGGUUCAGAUAGAAGUUUUGGAAAAGACCAUUUGGAAUCUAAGCAAAUUCUAUAUCCUUUUUAUACUUUCUAUGCUGGACAUUAAGUUAAUUUGUUUUCUUUAGAGAGUUCUAAUCUCUGUCUGAUUUUUAGAUUAUUAUUUUUUUUCUGAAAUUCUGGCCCCAUCUAUCUUCCUUCAGAAAUGUCCCAGAAAGUGGAAUACAGUGUGGAACAGCCAAGGAUCAUGCCAAACUGAGCAUCAGUCAGUGGUACAGCCUAUGAGGACUGCCCUGCCCAUGCCUCAAUCUAGGCAUGUUCACACCCCAUGCCAUGCCCAUGCUUCUGAGCUGUGAACUGAGUAGGUGUGGGGUAGCUGUCGGUUUGGGUACUUGGUAGCCUGAGCCCCACCAGCUUUUAGUGGGACUUGGGAUCUUAGAGAAUUUUGUCCAUUUUCAAAAUGAAUCUUAGGCACUUUUGAAAAUUUUUCCGUAAGAAUAGUGCAGCAGAAGGCUUGUUGUGGUUGGUCCCAAGUGUUAAUGAAGUACUUGUGCAAGGUCUCAUUAAUUAUCUAGUACAUUCUGCUUGGUCUGUGUGGUGGGAUCCUGUGCUAGUGCUGGUCUUCACUUGAUGAAGAUGGUUGCAGGUUUGAGUCCACCCUCCUUUUGGUCGGCACAGCCAGAUGUGCUGGUCUGUGUGAGCCUGGACAGUCCAGCAAACCCAGCUGUGCCCAGGGCUGCAACCUAGAGAAGGCACAAGGUGUAUUUCUGGAGGGUCCAUUUUCACAAUGACGAAAGUGGGCAAAAGCUUGAGCUAGUUAACAAUACUUCUUUGAUUAAAAUGAAACACCAGCAAAUACCCCAGGGAGAUGCAAUAGCUGACUGAAGUGUAGGAGAGGCAACGCGGAUGUGCUGUGGUUCAUUCUGGAGCUGCGCCAUCUGAUAGACAUAGUGUUCAAUAUAUUGGGAGGGCAGCAAUUAGUCUCUGGCUCUUAUUCUUCUGAAAAAAGAGGCUUUUGACAUCUGGAAAACUUGUAAUUCAUAAACACAUGUAAUAUUUGCUAUUAUUUUUGCAUUACACGUUUAAGGAACAAAGGUUGCAAAUGAAGGAUGAGUGUGAGAAUUUCUUGAGCAUCCCACGGCUUCAGGUACCGCAGCUGGGAGGCAGGCAUGGAAGGUUACUUGCUCUUUCCAGUCUCGGGCCUGAGAACCUGGGUAUUCCUCAGCUGGCAUCACAACACUGGUGUAAGUAGUCCUUGAGUUGAUGGGGGUUUUAGACAUACAGGGAGCAAGUCAAACUGGCAGUUCCUAAGAAAGAGAAAAAGAAAUUGUAGUCCAGUAUGAAGCAGACUUUGUGCAACACACUUGAUUUUCCUUAUUUUUAUAACAAAAUCAAAUGUAAUCCCACUGGAAUGAAGUAACCAUGGAGUUUCUGGAGGUUUAAUUACUGUUUUAUGUUGCAGCAUUAGUCAAAAUGGUGGCAGCAUGAAAGAGAAGAUAAUUGUUCCCAUUAACUAGGGUGGGGAAGUAUUUCUUUUUUUUUGUUUCGUAUUUUUAGGUGAAUCAACAAAUAAAGAUUGUCCAGGCCUCCUGAAGGAAAUGUAUGUUAAAUGUUUAUGAACAGAUGGGGGAAUAAUUUAAAUUAGGUGACAGCUGACAUAAGCAAUCAUUGGAAGAGCUAGCAAAAAAUAAUGAUUAGUGGAGGCGAAGUAUGAAUUAGAGCAAAAUAGCACCAGUACUUCAGAGAACAACUUAGUAUGAUAAAUCUUUUUUUAAUUUCAUCACUUUCAUUUAACGAAACAGCAUUCCUCUGGAGGUAAAUCAAAGCAGGGUUUUAGCCCCUGCUGUGGUAGUUAUUGAAUCCCAGUGUUGAAGCAAGCACUGCAAGAGUUAUCCUUCAUUUACAUCCUAAUUAUAAUUUAUUCAGAGGCCGCUAGUGGGUUUUUCCUGGCAGGUAGGUGUUUUCUUGAUAAAAAAUGCAUCACACCUCCUUGGUAAGAUGCAGGUCACCCCCUUGAACACCCACCUGAAUUCUGAGGAAGAUAGAAGCUCCUUAGGAGACACUGGGCAGAAAAGCACAGGUGUAUUUCUGGAGGGUCCAUUUCACAAUGACGAAAGUGGGCAAAAGCUUGAGCUAGUUAACAAUACUUCUUUGAUUAAAAUGAAACAAUGAAAAGCAUUGUGAAGUUUGAAAGUUUGCCAAUGUCGCUUCAGGUGUAUGGAAAAAUUUCCCCAGGUGCUUGCACCUUCUUGGUUCUUUCUUGGAAGUGACAAGUUUGAGUAAAUCCAGCUGGCUUUGGUUAUGAUCUGUCAAGUUGCAGGAUAUAGUAAACCAAGAAUAAUUUUUGAGUCAAGUAGUUUAGUUCUCCCUCAUGAAGGAAAACUUUGUUUGAUGCUAGAGUAGGAAGAAAAAAAUUUAAUACUUAUUUCAGUUGAGCCUUUUGGGUGGCAAGUCCAUGCCAGUUGUUUCUUACUUCCAAAGCUGUGCUCAUGGUACCUCUGAAGGGUAGAAAUGGGACAGCAGGGGAGACUUGUUCUGCUGUGGAUGGCAUAUGGGGUCUGUGUGCACCAAGAAAGGAGCACCACUGAAAUCUGCAGGUGUGGAAAGUGAUGUGUCCCAGCAGUGAAUUAGAUGGGGAAAUCCAAAUAUUUCUGGUUUCUGUCUGUGUGGAAGCAUAAGAAUAGGUAUAAAGGGCUUUGCCACAGCUGCAGGCUCUCUGUCUUUUUAAGAUUGAAUUCUCUUGUCCUGAUUCAAACCCCAUGGAAAUCAGAUCAAAUAAGCAAAUCACAGCUGUGGCCUGGGCUGUGUGUUAGCUGAUGUUUCCUUGGGCUUCACAGAGGGAGCUGUGUUUGCACCAUUGGCCUGCAAAUGGCAUGGGGUCCCAGCAGCACAGCGCAAGGGGAGGAAAAGAACGAAUGCCUAAUUUCGGAGGGCUGUUGUCAAAGUACCUGCAGGAAUACUUUGGAGUAACAUCAUCCAACUCUGUACCCACCUCGCUGUGAUUUGCUCGCGGUGAUAGCCCGGAGGCAGUGGGCUUAGAUGCUCUGGUUUUCAGCACCGUCUUCCUUUACCACAGUGAACACUCACAACCAAUUAAUGUGAAUUAGCAAUUGCUUUUAAAUAUUUAAAGGAGACUGAGGUUUGGGUGGUUUAUUGGUGGUUGUUUUUUUCUUCUUCCCUGACUCUAGGCAUUUUGCCGCCAUCCUUUCAUAAAAAGGAAAAAAAAAAGAAAUAAAGGUCUGUAACGUGAUCAGAGAGAAAACAAUUCUGGGUUUGCCACACGUGUACAUACUAUUUCAGGUAGAAAAGAAAGCCUGUUGUCUGUUAAAGCUAUUUUUCCUUUCCAGAAUUCCUGCCCGAUUCUGACACACAAUGAAAAUCUGUAUUUGAAUGCAAAAUUUUCAUUCUUAGAUGUUUGUAAACCCUAAUAUAGCACUGCAGAUGGUUUCCUAAAAGAUCAAAGACAGCGUUUAUAACUGCUAUGUGGUGUUGAUAAUAUUUUUAAUAUUUCAACCAUGUCAGCAUACACUUGGUCAUUACUUUUCUAAAGUUGUCUUCUUUUCCAGUGUAAUCGACAUAACAUGUUUGCAUGAUAGAAAGUAAUUCAAGUUCACUUUUUAAAAAUAUGUGAUUCAUACUGUAGGUUAUGUUUGUUAAGCAGAUUAAAAUUUUCACUGAUGGGUGGCAGUUCUUUUUAAUGCUUUUGGUAGAAGAACAUCUAGGACAUUUUCCAGCAGAAACAGUUUUUGGAAAUUUGCCUCCAGUAGCAGAAGUAGUACCUUUCAAAAAUAGGUGUUUUCCAAUACAGUUUGGCCAUCUGGGUAACAGUAUGCAAGUAUGUAUAUCCCGUAUAUGAUGUGAUUUUAAAUAAUAAUAAUCAUCCCAUUUAUUUAAGAAAUUAAUCUAGCAAGGUUAAAACUCUUUCUGAGUGAAAAUUUUGCGUGUGUCAGUGUAGUUGAAGCACUUGACCCCCCCAAUAAGACUUAAGGGGACAAAGCAUACAAAUUUUGUAUUUUCAAAUUCACAAGAGGCCAGUCUGGCCUGACAAUCAGUUUGACACCUGGCCUGGGACCUCGGGGCAUUGUGCCUCAGGCACAAUUAUAUUACUGUGCUCAUUCAGACUCAGCUCUAGUAGCGAGUUUCUGCAGUUCACCCGUGUAUUUCAAAAUUAAUCCCUCCUUGAUUUUUCUCCACUUCAAAAGGUGAGAGAAAAGUGGGGGAGGGAGGUGGAAAUGUAAUUUUAUACGGCUCUAUUUGAAAAGGGUUUUGUGUACCUUUAUAAUUCUUUUGAAGCAAUAUUUUUAAAAACUACUGCCAGCCAAAGUGGCAAUGCAGAAAAGUGCCAUCUUAUUCAGGAUUUGUACACGCCAGUUUUUAACACAGUGUUCUUUUCACUAAGUACUACAUACGUUAAUUUAUAUUUAUAUAUUGUCAAUAUUGUUGUAACCAAGCUUCUCCUUUUUAAACACUUCAGGAACAAGGCCUUGUAUUUUUAGGUGAUUUUCAUAAACAGAAUAAUUCUUUUCCUUUCACUAGUAUCUUGCACUUGAUACAUGUAGCAAUACUUAAUAUAUUCUCUUCACAAGUAUUUGUUAAGUGAUUUAGUUAAUGGCUGAUAAAUGUUUUGUACAAAAUAGAUUCUGUACAGGAAAAAAAAUCUUUUAGAUAAACAUUAUUUAUUUUUACUGUUUUGUAAGUUAGACACUAUAAUGAAGCUCCUUUUUGCCAGAAUUACUGGAAGUGCCUCUUGGUAAAAUGUAUUAUACAGUAAAUAUGUAUUCAAGAUUAUUAGAAAUACUUGUCACAAAAUGAACAAUGUGGAUGUUGCAAUGUGAAGACAAAUGUACAACAUAAAUAUAAUUCUGUGGUA